AAAAGAAUGGAGAAUGGAGGCAUUGGAGAUUUGGGCCUGAGCAGUGGCGAGAGGAGGAGAGGCAAGGCUGCAUGUUGGAGAUGGCAGAGGCUGACAAAGCAGAUGUGUUGGGAACAGUUAGCAGGAGAUCCAGCAGAUGUCCAGCAAGGUGGCCAUCAACAGUGACACUGGGCAGGCCCUCUGGGCAGUGGAGCAGCUCCAGAUGGAGGCAGGCAUCGACCGAGUGAAGGUGAGGGUCGGGGCCAGUGCAGGAGGCGGGAAGAGGUGGGAACACAUGGGCCAGGGGACAGGUGCAUGCCUGGGUCUGGUCUGGCUGACCCAGUUGGUCUGCAGGUGUCAGAUGGCCACCGAUGUGCUGCAGUUCUGCACGGAGCAGGCCAAGAGGGACCCCUUCCUUGGCAUCCCGGCCGCCACCAACCCCUUCAAGGAGAAGAAGCCCUAUGCCAUCCUAUGAACCCAGGACAAUGCCACCCUGUGGCCUGGGCAAACCAGGGGGCCUCAAUAAAUAUGAAGUGAAUACUUCUUAGGGCAUGGCUGAGCCUGGCUGAGAUGGGAGACCAGUGGGACUUUGGGCUUGCAGGGGCCAGGUGCAUAACUGGCCCAGCCUCCCUCCCUCCCUGGCCUGCCCCUGGGGUCACAGCCAUAGCAGCAAACACACACCCUGGAGACCUGGACGGACAGCACACCAUUCCUCUUGCCCUCCCCAGCACCCAUGGGAUACCCUGAGCAGGUACCCCUUCCCACCAUGCAGGCAA